AUGGCUAGCUGGCCGUUACUGUACCUUUUGCUCAGUAAUUGUCUCCUCAGUGUCACAGCGGGAGCCACGCUGGGGGUGGUGGAAACUGAAGGUGGCCGUGUGGAAGGAAUUAAUAAAAGGGAUGGGUUUUUCGCCUCCAUGGACAUUUUUAAAGGAAUUCCUUUUGCUGCAACACCAAAGCGAUUUGAGAAAGCUGAACCCCAUCCAGGAUGGACUGGUGUUCUGAAGGCCAAAGAUUUCAAACCCAGAUGUUUGCAGACAACUCUGUCACAGAAAGCUGUCUUUGGGAGCGAGGAUUGUCUCUACCUGAACAUUUGGGUCCCUCAUGGCAGAAAAGUGUCCACGAACCUGCCUGUCAUGGUCUGGAUCUUUGGAGGGGGCUUCCUGAUGGGAGCAGGGCAUGGAGCCAACUUCCUGAACAACUACCUGUACGAUGGGUAUGAGAUCGCCUCGCGUGGCAAAGUGAUUGUUGUCACCUUGAAUUAUCGGGUUGGCCCACUGGGCUUCCUGAGCACAGGAGAUGCCAAUGCCCCAGGUAACCAAGGUCUGUGGGACCAGCACAUGGCCAUCAGUUGGGUAAAGAGGAAUAUUGCUGCUUUUGGUGGGGACCCGGAUAAAAUCACCAUUUUUGGAGAAUCAGCAGGAGGUGCGAGUGUCUCCUUACAGACCUUGACACCAUACAACAAAGGACUAAUAAAACGAGCAAUUUCACAGAGUGGGGUAGCGACAUGUGCCUGGGCAGUUCAGAGAAAUCCCAUGCACUGGGCCCAGCAGCUUGCUCAGAAGGUUGGAUGUCCCAGAGAUGACCCUGCUGCCAUGGUGGCCUGUCUGAAGAUCACUGACCCCAAAGCUGUCACUCUGGCUAUUCCCCUGAAGCUUAUAAACUUGGAAACUCCACUUGUAUUCUACCUGAUAUGGGCUCCAGUCAUUGAUGGGGACUUCCUUCCCGAUGAACCAAAGAAGCUCUAUCACAAUGCUGCUGGUGUCGAUUACAUCGCCGGGGUUAACAAUAUGGAUGGUCAUAUUUUUGCUGGCUUGGACGUUCACUCAAUCAAUCAGGCUGGGCUAGGAAAGACCUAUCCGAGCGACCUGUAUAAUCUCAUUCGAGGUCUGACCAUAGACAAAGGUGAGAAAGCUGCCAACCUAACUUAUGACUACUACACCAAGGACUGGCCUGCCGAUCCGAGUCAAGAGCUCAUUAAAAGGACAGUCGUGAACUUGGAGACAGAUGUACUGUUCUUGGUCCCGACACAACUGGCUCUGGAUCUUCAUUAUCGACAUGCUCAGGGAGCACAGACGUUCAGCUACCUGUUUUCCUACCCCUCUCGGGCUCCCAUAUACCCCAAAUGGAUGGGAGCUGAUCACGCCGAUGACCUCCAAUACGUCUUUGGAAAACCGUUUGCCACUCCGCUCGGGUACCGGCCAAGGGAUAGAGACGUUUCGAGAUAUAUGAUCGCCUACUGGACCAACUUUGCUCACACAGGCGAUCCUAGUCGGGGUGACUCGGAUGUGCCCACCCCUUGGAUCCCUUACACAUUGAUGUACACCCAGUAUCUGGAAAUUAACAAGGACAUCGACAUGAGCUCUGUCAAGCAAAGGCUUCGCUAUGAUACAGUCACCUUCUGGAACCAGACCUUUACUGCUAUAUAG